AUGCACGUCGGACACAUGCUGCCCUUCAUGGUAUUGGCUUGGGGAUACGUCUGGGGUUUACCCGUAACUUUCUUGCUCGGCGGUGCUACAUCUAGAGUCGGUGACCCUAGCGGGCGUCUUAAGGGCCGUGACGCAGUCCAUUCCUCGAUCCGAAAAGCAAAUAUGGCUAGCAUGCACAUGCAGCUGAAGAAGUUGGGAUCGAGUAUUGAGCACUAUGGCAGAAGACAUGGACACGAGAGGCACCCAAUGUGGAAGCGGGCAUUGACAAAUAACAACACUUGGUGGAACUCGAUGCCUUUCCUUGAGGUGUUGCGAGACCUCGGCGCUUUCAUGCGACUUGGUCCUAUGCUGGGCAGAGAUACUGUCAAGACUCGACUGACUCAAGGUGACGGCAUGUCGUUUGCUGAGUUUUCUUAUCCCCUCCUCCAGGCCUGGGAUUGGUGGACCUUGUUCCAAAAGGGCACACAAAUUCAAGUCGGAGGUGCCGAUCAGUAUGGAAACAUCUUGUUUGGCAUGGAAGCUGUCAAGUCUAUCAGCCGGAAUACCGCCGAUGAGCAAGUCCGAAACCCAUUAGAGUCUGAACUAGACCGGCCUAUUGGCUUUACCACACCACUUCUGACGGCUCCAUCCGGCGAGAAGUUCGGCAAGUCUGCAGGAAACGCUAUCUGGCUCGAUAAAGACCUCACUUCUACAUUUGAACUUUACCAGUUCUUCGUGCGCACACCGGAUGAUACCGUUGAGCGUUACCUCAAGCUGUUCACUUUCAUUCCCCUGCCCGAAAUCGCUACCAUUAUGGAGGAGCAGAACAAGGACCCCUCCAAGCGUGUUGCGCAGCAUAAGCUCGCCCUCGAGUUUGUCGAGCUUGUUCACGGCAAGGCCGAAGCUGAUGCAGUAGCUCUUCAACACCGCCAGCUCUUCCGCCCCCGAUCCUCCACGGCCGAGCCAACUCCUCUCCUUAAAUCAUCUACCCCUCCCUCGAGCCAUGCGCAAUCUCCCACUGCUGGCUUUGAUAAUCCUCAAUCUGGUAACCCUUAUGCUCCUCAAACAAACUGGUCCAACAUGGGUGAUAUCAAGGUUACUCUCCCCGAAUCUCUUGUUUUCAACCAGCCCUUCAACAAAAUCCUUUGGUCAGCCGGCCUUGUUUCGUCCAAGAGCGAAGGUCACCGAGUCAUCGUUAACAACGGCGCCAAAGUUGGAAGCCGUCCUGGCGAUAGCGGUCCCAUGACGGACCAACUGUCUUUCACGCCCAUUCGACCAUGGGAUGCCGAGAAGACACGAGAGUUUGUCUUGAAUGACAAUCUCUUGAUGCUCAAGCUCGGCAAGUGGAAGUUCAAGGCUGUCCACAUUAUCAGCGAUGAAGAAUUCCGCGCGCAAGGCCUCACAGCUCCUGGAUGGGAGACCGAACCAGUUGAGCCGACUGAGCCGGCCAAGUCGGACUAA